GCCGGCGAGUAAACAGAGGGAGCAGCAGCGGCCGCGGCCGCCGCGGGCCGGGGCAGUGAGUCCACCCGCCCGCCGAGGUCCGCCCGCCCGCCGAGACCCGCCCGCUGCCGCUGCCGCUGCCAUGGCCGAAGUGCGCAAAUUCACCAAACGGCUCAGCAAGCCUGGCACGGCGGCUGAGCUCCGGCAGAGCGUGUCUGAGGCCGUGCGGGGCUCCGUGGUGCUGGAAAAGGCCAAAGUUGUUGAGCCCCUGGACUAUGAGAAUGUUAUUGCCCAAAGAAAAACCCAGAUUUACAGCGACCCCCUCCGAGAUCUGCUUAUGUUUCCAAUGGAAGAUAUAUCUAUCUCAGUGAUAGGUCGUCAGCGCAGAACGGUGCAGUCUACUGUACCAGAAGAUGCUGAAAAGAGGGCCCAGAGUUUAUUUGUUAAAGAGUGUAUUAAAACCUAUAGCACAGAUUGGCACGUGGUAAACUACAAGUAUGAGGACUUCUCUGGGGACUUUCGAAUGUUGCCAUGUAAAUCUUUGAGACCAGAAAAGAUUCCUAAUCAUGUAUUUGAGAUAGAUGAAGACUGUGAGAAAGAUGAGGACUCAUCUUCUUUAUGUUCUCAGAAGGGUGGUGUGAUAAAACAAGGCUGGUUGCAUAAAGCAAAUGUAAAUAGCACCAUCACAGUAACCAUGAAGGUAUUCAAGAGACGAUAUUUUUACUUGACCCAACUUCCUGACGGUUCAUAUAUUCUCAAUUCCUAUAAAGAUGAGAAAAAUUCAAAAGAAUCGAAAGGUUGCAUCUACUUGGACGCCUGCAUUGAUGUUGUUCAGUGCCCCAAAAUGCGCCGUCAUGCUUUUGAACUCAAGAUGUUAGAUAAAUAUAGCCAUUAUCUGGCUGCUGAAACUGAGCAGGAAAUGGAGGAAUGGUUGAUAACUUUGAAAAAGAUUAUUCAGAUCAACACCGACAGUUUAGUUCAAGAAAAAAAGGAGACGGUAGAAACAGCACAAGAUGAUGAAACUAGCAGCCAAGGAAAAGCCGAGAACAUCAUGGCAAGUUUGGAAAGGAGCAUGCAUCCAGAACUGAUGAAGUAUGGAAGAGAAACCGAACAACUAAACAAACUCAGUAGAGGAGAUGGAAGACAGAAUCUCUUUUCUUUUGAUUCAGAAGUUCAGAGGUUGGACUUUUCAGGAAUUGAACCUGAUAUAAAGCCAUUUGAAGAAAAAUGCAACAAACGUUUCCUGGUAAAUUGCCAUGAUUUAACUUUCAAUAUCUUGGGCCAAAUUGGAGACAAUGCAAAAGGACCACCCACAAAUGUUGAGCCCUUUUUUAUCAAUCUUGCCUUAUUUGAUGUAAAGAACAAUUGUAAGAUUUCAGCAGACUUUCAUAUAGACCUGAAUCCCCCAUCUGUCCGUGAAAUGCUAUGGGGCUCUUCAACCCAACUGGCCAGUGACGGUAGCCCAAAGGGCUCUUCACCCGAAUCUUACAUUCAUGGAAUUGCCGAAUCUCAGUUACGCUACAUACAACAGGGAAUUUUCUCAGUGACGAAUCCACAUCCUGAAAUUUUUCUAGUUGCGAGAAUUGAAAAGGUACUACAGGGAAACAUUACACACUGUGCAGAACCCUAUAUCAAAAAUUCUGAUCCAGUAAAGACGGCCCAGAAGGUGCACAGGACAGCUAAACAAGUGUGUAGCCGCCUUGGACAAUACAGAAUGCCCUUCGCUUGGGCUGCCAGACCCAUUUUCAAAGAUACUCAAGGCUCUCUCGAUCUGGAUGGGAGAUUUUCUCCUCUGUAUAAACAAGACAGUAGCAAGCUUUCAAGUGAAGACAUUCUCAAGUUGCUCUCAGAAUAUAAGAAGCCAGAAAAGACCAAACUUCAGAUUAUUCCUGGGCAGCUAAACAUCACAGUAGAAUGUGUUCCUGUGGAUUUAUCAAAUUGUAUUACUUCUUCAUAUGUGCCCUUGAAGCCUUUUGAAAAGAAUUGCCAAAAUAUUACCGUGGAGGUUGAAGAGUUUGUUCCAGAAAUGACAAAAUAUUGUUAUCCAUUUACUAUUUACAAAAACCAUCUGUAUGUAUAUCCCUUGCAAUUAAAAUACGAUAGCCAGAAAACAUUUGCCAAGGCAAGGAACAUUGCAGUCUGUGUGGAAUUCCGGGAUUCAGAUGAAAGUGACGCUAGUGCCCUAAAGUGUAUUUAUGGAAAACCUGCAGGGUCUGUUUUUACCACAAAUGCUUAUGCUGUUGUCUCACAUCACAAUCAAAAUCCAGAGUUCUAUGAUGAGAUUAAAAUUGAGCUUCCCAUUCACCUACAUCAAAAACAUCAUUUGCUUUUCACUUUUUAUCAUGUAAGUUGUGAAAUUAACACAAAGGGAACAACCAAAAAGCAAGACACAGUUGAAACUCCAGUUGGGUUUGCCUGGGUACCUUUGCUGAAAGAUGGUAGAAUCAUCACAUUUGAGCAGCAGCUGCCAGUUUCCGCCAAUCUUCCCCCAGGCUACUUGAAUCUGAAUGAUGCAGAAUCAAGAAGGCAAUGUAACGUGGAUAUUAAAUGGGUAGAUGGUGCAAAGCCUUUGUUGAAGAUUAAAAGCCACUUAGAAUCUACCAUUUACACUCAAGAUCUGCAUGUGCACAAAUUCUUCCAUCAUUGCCAACUGAUUCAGUCGGGCUCGAAAGAAGUUCCAGGGGAGCUUAUUAAAUAUUUAAAGUGUUUGCAUGCCAUGGAGAUCCAAGUCAUGAUACAGUUUCUACCUGUAAUUCUUAUGCAACUCUUCCGAGUUCUCACAAAUAUGACCCAUGAAGAUGACGUACCUAUCAACUGCACCAUGGUUCUCUUACAUAUUGUAUCAAAGUGCCAUGAGGAAGGCUUGGAUAGUUAUUUAAGAUCAUUCAUAAAGUAUAGCUUCCGACCUGAAAAACCGAGUGCUCCUCAGGCCCAGCUGAUACAUGAAACCCUGGCUACUACGAUGAUAGCAAUAUUGAAACAGUCUGCAGAUUUUUUAUCAAUAAACAAAUUGCUAAAGUACUCAUGGUUUUUCUUUGAAAUAAUUUCAAAGUCAAUGGCCACAUACUUGUUGGAAGAGAAUAAGAUUAAGCUUCCCCGAGGCCAGAGAUUUCCCGAGACGUAUCAUCAUGUCUUACAUUCACUGCUUCUUGCAAUAAUUCCCCAUGUGACUAUUCGGUAUGCAGAGAUUCCUGAUGAGUCCAGAAAUGUGAACUAUAGUUUGGCUAGCUUCCUGAAGCGCUGUUUGACACUAAUGGAUAGAGGAUUUAUUUUCAAUUUAAUAAAUGACUAUAUAUCUGGAUUCAGCCCCAAAGAUCCUAAGGUUCUGGCUGAAUACAAGUUUGACUUUCUGCAAACAAUUUGCAAUCACGAACAUUACAUUCCUUUGAACUUGCCAAUGGCAUUUGCAAAACCUAAACUGCAGCGGGUUCAAGAUUCAAAUCUUGAAUACAGUUUAUCAGAUGAGUAUUGCAAGCAUCACUUCUUGGUUGGUCUACUUCUGAGGGAAACUUCCAUUGCUCUUCAGGACAAUUAUGAGAUCAGAUAUACAGCUAUCUCUGUCAUAAAGAAUCUUUUGAUAAAACACGCAUUUGACACAAGAUACCAGCACAAGAACCAACAAGCCAAAAUAGCACAAUUGUACCUCCCCUUUGUUGGACUACUUUUGGAAAAUAUACAGCGAUUAGCAGGUCGAGAUACCUUGUAUUCUUGUGCAGCCAUGCCUAAUUCUGCAUCCAGAGAUGAGUUUCCAUGUGGCUUUACUUCACCUGCCAAUAGAGGGAGUCUGAGCACUGACAAAGACACCGCUUAUGGGUCUUUUCAAAAUGGACAUGGAAUUAAGAGAGAAGAUUCAAGAGGUUCCCUCAUCCCAGAAGGAGCAACAGGAUUUCCAGAUCAGGGCAACACUGGUGAAAAUACCCGACAGAGUUCUACGAGGAGUAGUGUAUCCCAGUAUAACCGCCUGGAUCAGUAUGAAAUCAGAAGCCUCCUGAUGUGCUACCUGUAUAUAGUAAAAAUGAUUUCAGAAGAUACUCUCUUAACUUACUGGAAUAAAGUAUCACCUCAGGAGCUCAUAAACAUUCUUAUACUUUUAGAAGUAUGUUUGUUUCACUUUAGAUAUAUGGGGAAAAGAAACAUAGCAAGGGUGCAUGAUGCCUGGCUGUCAAAACACUUUGGAAUAGACCGAAAAUCGCAAACCAUGCCUGCUCUUCGAAACAGAUCAGGAGUAAUGCAGGCCCGGCUUCAGCAUCUUAGUAGCCUAGAAAGUUCAUUUACACUUAAUCACAGUUCUACAACAACUGAAGCAGACAUUUUCCACCAGGCACUUCUUGAAGGCAAUACAGCUACUGAAGUUUCCCUAACAGUACUAGAUACCAUAUCAUUUUUCACUCAGUGCUUCAAGACCCAACUUUUAAAUAAUGAUGGCCAUAACCCAUUAAUGAAAAAAGUGUUUGAUAUACAUCUUGCUUUUCUUAAAAAUGGACAAUCUGAAGUGUCGCUGAAACAUGUAUUUGCCUCACUGAGAGCCUUCAUCAGUAAGUUUCCUUCAGCAUUUUUCAAAGGAAGAGUAAACAUGUGUGCUGCAUUUUGCUAUGAGGUUUUAAAGUGCUGCACAUCGAAGAUUAGCUCAACCAGGAAUGAAGCAUCUGCACUUUUGUAUCUUUUGAUGAGAAACAACUUUGAGUAUACCAAAAGGAAAACCUUUUUGAGGACACAUCUACAGAUAAUAAUUGCUGUAAGCCAGCUGAUAGCUGAUGUAGCACUAAGCGGAGGAUCAAGAUUUCAGGAGUCUUUAUUCAUUAUCAAUAAUUUUGCAAAUAGUGACAGACCUAUGAAGGCAACUGCCUUUCCCACAGAAGUCAAAGACUUGACCAAGAGAAUCCGCACUGUUCUUAUGGCCACUGCCCAAAUGAAGGAGCAUGAGAAAGACCCUGAAAUGCUAAUUGAUCUCCAGUAUAGCUUAGCCAAGUCCUAUGCAAGCACCCCAGAGCUCAGGAAAACCUGGCUUGAUAGCAUGGCCAAGAUUCAUGUAAAAAAUGGAGAUUUUUCAGAGGCUGCGAUGUGUUAUGUCCAUGUAGCAGCUCUAGUUGCAGAGUUUCUUCAUCGAAAAAAAUUAUUUCCUAAUGGAUGUUCAGCCUUCAAGAAAAUUACUCCCAAUAUAGAUGAAGAAGGAGCAAUGAAAGAAGAUGCUGGGAUGAUGGAUGUCCAUUAUAGUGAAGAGGUCUUGCUGGAGUUGCUAGAACAAUGUGUGGAUGGCUUAUGGAAGGCAGAACGUUAUGAAAUAAUUUCUGAGAUUUCCAAGUUGAUCAUUCCAAUUUAUGAGAAACGUCGUGAGUUUGAGAAACUUACUCAAGUUUAUAGAACUCUUCAUGGAGCUUACACAAAAAUUCUGGAAGUUAUGCAUACAAAAAAGAGACUUUUAGGCACUUUCUUCAGAGUUGCCUUUUAUGGCCAAUCUUUUUUUGAAGAAGAAGAUGGAAAGGAGUACAUCUAUAAAGAACCAAAGCUCACUGGCCUCUCAGAAAUUUCCUUGAGACUUGUUAAACUUUAUGGUGAAAAGUUUGGUACGGAGAAUGUCAAAAUAAUUCAGGAUUCAGACAAGGUAAAUGCCAAAGAGCUUGAUCCAAAAUAUGCUCAUAUACAAGUUACUUAUGUGAAGCCUUACUUUGAUGACAAAGAACUCACAGAAAGGAAGACCGAGUUUGAAAGAAAUCAUAAUAUCAGCAGAUUUGUUUUUGAGGCCCCUUACACUUUAUCAGGCAAAAAACAGGGCUGUAUAGAAGAACAGUGCAAACGCCGUACAAUCUUGACAACUUCAAACUCGUUUCCCUAUGUGAAGAAGAGGAUUCCUAUUAACUGUGAACAGCAGAUUAAUUUAAAACCGAUUGAUGUUGCCACUGAUGAAAUAAAAGAUAAAACUGCAGAGCUGCAAAAGCUUUGCUCCUCUACUGACGUGGACAUGAUUCAGCUCCAACUUAAAUUGCAGGGCUGUGUUUCUGUGCAGGUCAAUGCUGGUCCAUUAGCAUAUGCAAGAGCUUUCUUAAAUGACAGUCAAGCUAGCAAGUAUCCACCUAAGAAAGUGAGUGAGUUGAAAGACAUGUUUAGGAAAUUUAUACAAGCAUGCAGCAUUGCACUUGAACUAAAUGAGCGGCUAAUUAAAGAAGAUCAAGUUGAGUACCAUGAAGGGCUAAAGUCAAAUUUCAGAGACAUGGUAAAAGAAUUAUCUGACAUUAUCCAUGAGCAGAUAUUACAAGAAGACACAAUGCAUUCUCCCUGGAUGAGCAACACAUUACAUGUAUUUUGUGCAAUUAGUGGUACAUCGAGUGACCGAGGUUAUGGUUCCCCAAGAUACGCUGAAGUGUGAGGAAAUGCAGAUGUACGUGACAAUGAGACUGACCUUUCUCAGGAAUAUUUGGAGCUGUGCAAAUGUUAAAAUUUAAAGAUUUGAUAUACAUGGAGUGUUUCUUCUCGACACCAAAAUUUUCAUGUGUUCCAACAGGGUGCUUACAUAUUUGUAAAUAAGCAACUUGAAAGUGCCUGGAAAAUUGCACCACUGUGCUUGGUUUGUACUUUUUUAGGUAAAUCUAUAUGCUGAAAAGUAGAGCUCAAAAACAGUAGUUCAAUUUGCUUAAUUAUUGCUUAAAAUAAUAAUGGUACUAUGUAAAAUUGUAUAAUGGAAUACAAUAAAAGGUAAAACUUAUUU